GGGCUCAAGUGAUCCUUCUGCCCUGACCUCCUGCGUAGCUGGGACUAUAGGCACACCACCACAGAAGGCAAUACUUUAGUUUUAGAGAAUUGCUCCAAGUUCAUCAUGAUUGAAGACAAUAAGGAGAACAAAGACCAUUCCCUAGAAAGGGGAAGAGCAACUCUCAUUUUUUCCUUAAAGAAUGAAGUUGGAGGACUUAUAAAAGCACUGAAAAUUUUCCAGGAGAAGCAUGUGAACCUGUUACAUAUUGAGUCCCGAAAAUCAAAGAGAAGAAACUCAGAAUUUGAGAUUUUUAUUGACUGUGACAUCAACGGAGAACAAUUGAAUGAUAUUUUUCAUUUGUUGAAGUCUCAUACUAAUGUUCUGUCUGUGAAUCCACCAGAUAAUUUUACUGUAAAGGAAGAUGGUAUGGAAACUGUUCCUUGGUUCCCAAAGAAGAUUUCUGACUUGGAUCAUUGUGCCAAUAGAGUUCUGAUGUAUGGAUCUGAACUAGAUGCAGACCAUCCUGGUUUCAAGGAUAAUGUCUACCGUAAAAGACGAAAGUAUUUUGCAGACUUGGCUAUGAACUAUAAACAUGGAGACCCCAUUCCGAAGGUGGAAUUCACUGAAGAGGAGAUUAAGACCUGGGGAACUGUGUUCCGAGAGCUCAACAAACUCUACCCGACCCAUGCUUGCAGAGAAUAUCUCAAAAACUUACCUUUGCUUUCCAAAUAUUGUGGAUAUCGGGAAGAUAAUAUCCCACAACUGGAAGAUGUCUCAAACUUUUUAAGAGAGCGUACAGGUUUUUCCAUCCGUCCUGUGGCUGGUUACUUAUCACCGAGAGAUUUUUUAUCAGGUUUAGCCUUUCGAGUCUUUCACUGCACUCAAUAUGUGAGACACAGCUCAGAUCCCCUCUAUACCCCAGAGCCAGAUACCUGCCAUGAACUCUUAGGUCACGUCCCCCUUUUCGCUGAACCUAGUUUUGCCCAAUUCUCCCAAGAAAUUGGCCUGGCUUCCCUCGGAGCUUCAGAGGAGGCUGUGCAAAAACUGGCAACGUGCUACUUUUUCACUGUGGAGUUUGGGCUAUGUAAACAAGAUGGGCAGCUAAGAGUCUUUGGUGCUGGCUUACUUUCUUCUAUCAGUGAACUCAAACAUGCUCUUUCUGGACAUGCCAAAGUAAAGCCCUUUGAUCCCAAGAUUACCUGCAAACAGGAAUGUCUCAUCACAACUUUUCAGGAUGUCUACUUUGUAUCAGAAAGUUUUGAAGAUGCAAAGGAAAAAAUGAGAGAAUUUACCAAAACAAUUAAGCGUCCAUUUGGAGUGAAGUAUAAUCCAUAUACACGGAGUAUUCAGAUCCUGAAAGACACCAAGAGCAUAACCAGCGCCAUGGACGAGCUGCGGCAUGAUCUCGAUGCCAUCAGUGACGCCCUUGCUAAGGUCAGCAGGCAGCCGAGUAUCUGACAGUCACCAGUGCUGAUCCAGAACGCAUUUGAGCAUCAGUUUAGAGGCCUCUGGGCCAACUGUUGCUUUUCUUGAAAACCUGAUUGUGGAGAGACAGCAGCUUCUGGACAAACUAUUCUCUAAUCCACUCUUUAAUGAAGCACUAGUCUUUGAAAAUUUGUACUUGGAUAGUCUACCCACCACCCAUUUUCUUGUUUUAUUUUCUUUAGUUUUUUGGUGACAGCUUGAGUGAAAUAAUUUACAUACCAUACAAUUUACUCACCACCUAUUUUUAAUACAGAAGUUGUUUAAUUCAAUGGAUAGAUCUAGUCUCAGCCUAACUCUAUUUUUCCCCCAUUCCUUCUUGAGUAAAAUGACCUUUAUGAUCACUUAGAACACCUUGAUGAGUAUUAUGGAGCUGACCCAUAUUCUUACCUAAGAUCUCCUUAUCUCUAAAGUAUCUGUUACUCAUCGCUGAAUUUGUGCAGGGCUCAAUCACAUUCACACACUUAAACUUAAUAGGAGACCAGCUAUCUUUGUUGCCAGCAUGAGCCUUUGCACAUGCAGCAACUAGUUUCAAGUGUAGUGUCUUGUAGGGAAAUAGGAGUAGCAAAGUCUCGAAAGGUUAAUUACUUAAGACUAGACUAAGAAUUGAAAUGGGGUUGUGCAAUGUGGCAGCCCUGCCGCAUAUCUUAAAUUCAACAGGUCAAAAAGGAACUCAGAAUCACUUGAAUAUUCCACCCCAUCAGCUUCCUGUCCCAGUGAUCUAAUUCUGUUAAUGGGAUAUUAAAUGUAGUAUUUUCAGUCAGUUUUCCAGGCUUAAUCAGCCACUUAAAAAACUGUGCUCUUGGCCAGGCAUGGUGGCUCACGCCUGUAAUUCUAGCACUCUGGGAGGCCGAGGCAGGUGGAUCACUCGAGGUC